GUCACAACAAGCCAACCUUCACCUUCAAUCUGUACAAGAAAUGCAGGCUUUUUCCAGCUCGAUAUGUUGCUAUCUUCUAUAUAUAAUUGCUUUAGUGGUAGACAAACACAGAGCACUUGUACUCCCAAGUUCUUCUUGGUCAAAAGAUGGAGAACAAAAAGUGUGUGAUGUUGCAGAUUAUAUAUCUUCUUGGCUUCAGUGUCAUGUUUUAUUUAUCAGUAGCAGUUGCUGCGGAGACAGAUGAGGGCAAAAGUAGCAUGCAAACUUACAUUGUUUGGGUGAAAAGGCCGGUCCAGAACUUGUUUUUUACAAAAUCUCAUGAAGAUUUAGAGAGCUGGUAUCAAACAUUUUUGCCGGCCACUAUUGCAAACUCAAACGAGCUGACAAAGCGAAGAAUGGUUCAUACAUACCGCAAUGUGGCCACUGGAUUUGCAGCAAAACUGACGCCGGCGGAAGUAAAGGCAAUGGAUCAGAAAGAAGGGUUUGUGUCUGCCCAUCCAGAGAGGAUGCUGCCUUUGCACACUACUCAUAGUCCUAACUUCUUGGGGUUGCAGCAAGGAUUGGGAGUCUGGAAAGGAGCAAAUUACGGUGAAGGUGUGAUAAUUGGAGUUUUGGAUACUGGGAUCGGACCAGAUCAUCCUUCGUUUAGUGAUGAAGGAGUACCGCCUUACCAAGCGAGCUUUGAAUAUGAUGGUGCUGCCAUGAUUCUUGUGAACCAAGCGAUAGAUGGCUAUAGCGUCUUAGCUGACGCUCAUGUCCUCCCUGCAACACAUGUGAGUUAUCAGGCAGGUUUGAAUAUCAAAGCCUUUAUAAACUCAACCUCAACACCUACAGCCACAAUCUUGUUUAAAGGUACUGUCAUCGGAGAUCCACUUGCUCCCAAGGUUGCUUCCUUCUCAUCAAGAGGACCAAGCAUUACAAGCCCUGGAAUUUUGAAGCCUGACAUCAUUGGUCCCGGUGUUAGCAUCCUAGCUGCAUGGCCUGUUUCUGUGGACAAUGGAACAGAAGGCAAGGCAACAUUUAACAUGAUUUCAGGUACCUCAAUGUCAUGCCCUCACUUAAGUGGCAUUGCAGCCUUGCUCAAAAGCUCCCACCCUGACUGGUCACCAGCUGCCAUUAAGUCAGCAAUCAUGACAACCGCUGAAGUAGAAAACCUCGCAGGCUCUGCCAUUGUUGACCAAACACUUUUUCCAGCAGAUAUCUUUGCCCUUGGUGCAGGCCAUGUUAACCCUUCAAAAGCAAAUGACCCAGGGCUCAUCUACGACAUACAACCAGAGGAUUACAUUCCUUACUUGUGUGGUUUGAAUUACACAGACGAGCAGAUACAGGUCAUCACCCAACAAACAGUGAACUGCUCUCAAGUAGGAGCCGUACCAGAAGCACAGCUAAAUUAUCCUACAUUUUCUAUCAAAACCGGGUCCUCAGAGACUCGGACUCAGUAUUACACAAGAACGGUGACAAAUGUUGGCCCAGCUAAUUCAACUUACAACUUGGCUCUUGUAGUACCACCUAAAGUGGGCAUGAGUGUAAAUCCUCAGGUGCUCACAUUCACAGAGGUUAACCAGAAAAUUACCUACCAUGUCGAGUUCAACGCACACGACGAUGCUGGGAAGGACGGUGUCCCAUUUGCUGAGGGAUAUUUGAGAUGGGUUUCUGAUAAGCAUUCUGUUACCACCCGAAUAGUUGCUACCUUCAGCACUCAAUGAACUUAAACUUGGGCCCAGAAGAAAAUAUCACAAGCUUGCAGAGAAUAACAGAAGAAAUUGAAACCCAAAAUAAGUACUACUCCAUUGGUGCCAUUCUAGUCUUCAAGAUUUGAUCUUUAACUUGCAAUCCCCUCCAUACCAAUGUCUCUCUGUGUGUGUAGGAUUCUGAUUGUGAUUGUGAGGCCAACCAUUUCUUACAUAAUGUUUCAACCAAAAAGAAAA